UGGGUUGAAAUGACAAUCUAAAUCACUGCUGUGCCGCUUUUCUCCAGAAGGUGAAACCGGUAAACCAGGUGAUUAAAAAAACGGGCAAAGUGCGUAUUAGGGUGCGGUCAGUGUAAGGUGCGCCAGCCCCUGCCUUGCCUGCUGCUUCUCUCACCUGACGGAACUGGAUCCCCGUUCCGAAAUCCUCGGAACCAGCCGCAGUGGUGAGCGAGUCAUGGCCCAUCUGGAGCCUCUCAAAUCGGCCCUCGCCAUCAACGUGGACGACACAUCACUGGCCCUACCCUCCACCCACCACCAGUACCGAUCCGGGCAGCAGCGGGUUAUGGAGCAGGUCCAGACCGUGCAGAGGACCCGGUCGAGGCAUUCAAGCAGCAGGACUGGCUCCACCUCUUUGUCUCCUACUAGCCCUUUGACUGAUGUGUUUUACGAUUCCAGCACCUCCAAUGGAAACGCCUUCUUUGGGAAUGGCUACUCAAAAACCCUCUCUCAAGAAAAAAAUAUCAACCGCAAAGUCACCAACAACACAGCGAGCAGCACAGCCAAGAAGAAGAGCUCUUUAACCCAUCGCUACGACCAUGGCUACUCCCACGUCGGACCCGUGACCCUGGGCCUGGUUCCCGCCAACCACGAUGAACCCGACCUUGGCCGGCAGCAGCAGCACUCUUUGCCCAAACGCUACAAUCCUCCACAGAGACUCCUCUCCAACACCAACCGCAGCACCUUCAGGGCGGAGAGGACGACCAGUCAGCAAUUCAUCAGCAACAAUCAGCAGUUUGUAUGCAAGCAAGCCGAGACCAACAAAACCCAGUCAAAGCCUCUUGUCAUGGAGAGUGUCACCAACAGCAAAGGGGAUUCUGGGUCGGGGAACAGUGGAAUGGCCGACCUCACCAUGAAGGAAGCUGUGGAGUUUCUCUCCAACGAGGAUGACCGAUACAAACACUGUGGGGUUGCUUACAUCCAACACAACACCUUCAUUGACGACAAAGCCAAGGAAGAGGUGUUGAAGCUGAAUGGAAUAGCUCCUCUGGUGGCGCUCCUGCAAAGCCCCAGCCUGCGCCUCAAUCAAGCGGCCUCGGCCGCCUUGCGCAAUCUAUCCUUUAAAAACAACAGCAACAAGGAGGAGAUCCAACGCUGCGGAGGCAUCGCGGCCGCCGUGGCUCUGCUCAGAGAAACCGACUCAGUGGAGAUCCAGAAACAGCUGACAGGUCUUCUGUGGAAUUUGUCGUCCACCAACAGCUUGAAGACGGACCUUCUUAAGACCACUUUGCCUGUCCUGAUGGACCGCAUCAUCCUGCCUUACACCACAAGUUCAGAGCGGGCCGCCAUCCACGGCCCUGACCACGAAACCUUCUUCCAUGCCACAAGUUGUCUACGAAACCUCAGCAGCACAAAACAAAGCAACCGCCAGACUAUGAGGAAGUGUCGCGGUUUGAUCGACUCUCUGGUCGCUUACCUUGAUGAUUGUGUGGACGCUGGCAAACCGGAAGAUAAGUCCGUAGAGAACUGCGUGUGCAUCCUGCACAACCUAACCUUCCAGCUGCAGACCGAGGCGCCGGGAUUGUUCAACCGCAUCACAGCACUGGCCAUGCCGGUUAGCAAGGGUGAUGGUGAGGGCGACGCCGGUCCUAUUGGCUGCUUCAGUCCACAGAGGCAAGGGUCAGAAAGCAAGCAGUACUUCGACUUCCCUGUUGUGGAGGACCCCCAUCCGAGUGGUGCAGGCUGGCUCAUCCACUCCAAGACUCUGCAGACCUACUUGUUCUUGCUCCGCUCUAGUCAGCAAGAAGAAACCCAAGAAGCCUGCUCCGGAGCUCUGCAGAACCUCACCGCACAUGAAGGCGUUGUGUCCAAUGUCAUGAGCCAGACCAUUGUGCAGAAACUGGACGGCCUGCAGGCAGUCACCCCUCUUUUGAAGUCAGAUAAAGUUAGUGUGCAGAGAAAUGCAGUGGCUUUGGUACGCAACCUGUCCAAGAACGCAAACUUGCACAGCACCUUAGCUCGGAAAGUGCUGCCCGAGCUGCUGAGCAUCCUCCAGGCGGGCACCAGAGAAGGUAACGAAUCGGACGACACGCUGGCCCUGGCGUGCCAGACGGCCAACUUUCUGCUCACGAAGGAACCCGAGAGAGGCAAGCACCUGUUGAACGGCAGUCUUAUUAACUCGCUGCAGGAGCUCAGCCAAAACAGAUAUUUCCCCAAGACUAGCAAGGCGGCAUCGCUGUUUCUGUACCACCUGUGGUGUGAUAAAGACAUCCAGAACCUCCUAAAGAAGCAAGGAAUGAACAAGUCGGCGUUCGUGAACGACAUCACAACGGCGGCGCAUAAGGCGGCUUACGUCGUCAACUAGGGCACAUCCCGGGCAUCCUGUCUCAUUUCAGCUACAACUUGACAGCGUGUCCCUUGUCCAAAUUCUUGGAAAAUAUUUUUAUUUCCCACGGUUGUUUUGAAAAGAAAGUGUCAAUAAAGUUUUAUUACGGGGAAACAUACUGUGUCAGUC